AUGACCGGUAUCAUUGACUUGAGUCUUGAUGCCGAAGCGCUUGUGGAUAGGGCCGAGUCAUUCAAGACGUUCUUGGGGCUUAAUCAACCGCGACCAACAGAUAGAUUCUUCCUGGUGACCGGCAUGACAGGCGCUGGGAAAAGCUCUUUUGUGUCGCGUUAUACAGGCUGCAAUGCGACAGUCGGCCAUGGACUCCAUUCUUGUACAAAGAAAAUUGACAUAUUCGAAUACACACUUAAAGGGCAGCGAGUCUUUCUUAUUGACACUCCUGGUUUCGACGACACAACUCGAUCUGAUGUUGAGACGCUAGAGAUACUAGCUACCUACCUGGGUGCUUCGUACGCAAAUGGCGUGCGCAUACAUGGUGUUCUUAUGCUUCAUCCCAUUACAAACAACCGCAUGUCCGGGUCGAAUCUACGUUAUCUGGCGUUUCUUAAAGCUAUAUGUGGAUUCAAUUCUUACAAAAACAUGGUUAUUGUAACAACUAUGUGGCCCGAGGAACCGAGUCCAGCCGAAAAGAAAGACUUUGACAACCGAGAAAACGAAUUGUUGACGCAACAGCGCUUUUUUGGUGACUUGAUAGCAGAGGGGGCCAGUCUGUUUCGACACUAUGAGUAUGGUCAUCGGGAUCUGCAUAUCCAAAGAAUAUCAGCACAAUCUAUCAUGACCUAUAUCCUUGAUAGAACUGAUGGAAACAAAAUGGAUGCCCUUCAACUGCAGCGGGAAAUUUUUGACGAGAAAAAGUCUCUUGCCCAAACCACAGCGGGAGUUCUGACAGCUGAUUAUCUGCGACAAGCCCGCCAAACCCACGAGACACGAUUGAGUGAACUUGUAAGCGAGAGAACAGACGCAUCGGCAGAUAAGACAUACAAGCAGCAGCUGAGCAAGCUCGAGGCAGAAGUGAACAUGGACAUCCAGGGAGUGGAAAAAGACUGCCAAGCAUUGACAAGAACGAUUGCAGAUUUGCACCAAGCUGAGGCAGAAGCUCUCAAGGAAGAAAUCGCCAGACUUAACAGCCGAUUCCAGAACGAAGUCAAAGCAAAGGAAAGAGUCCUUCAAGAAGCCCAAACUUUGUAUCUCGCGCAUCAACAAGAGGUAGCUCUGAUAUCACAGGAGCCUCUAAACCAGAAAACGAUGGCACGUCGCACUACAAAGCAGUACCAAAAUCUGAGCAAGGCCAAAAAAGACGCUGAAAAGGCCCGACGGGGCCGCAAAAGGGUUCAGGAGUAUACCAGGGAGGUCAUGGGAGGUGUUAUGAAUGGACUUGCGGCGGGUGCGAUCGCUGGCGCCAUGGGUGCUGCAUGUGUAGUGAUGUAA